AUGUUUGGCUUAAGUACAAGACGGUCCGCUGCGACGCGCUCCAAAUGUCUUUCCAAUGCCCCGACCAGCUUAUGUAGCAGUGUUCGCUCACCUGCGCACCGGUCGUUGCUCUCAGUCCGGGACUUUCACCCCAGUCAACACAAUGCCGCAUUUCGACCUACGUGGAUGCCUAUGAGAGUUAAGACGCCUUGGAUCGAUGCGCUCACGAAAAGUCGCGAGACUGCCAAGUCUGGUCAGGGGGCUGCUGCUCCCUCGGCGAAACCUGACCUGACGCCGAAGAAGAUGUCGGAUAGUUAUUACAGCGCCGUUCUGCCUCUGGCUCAGGAUAAGUGGCUGCUUGAUACGUAUCUUAAUGCUUCGGGACAUAUUAGAUUGGGGUCCCUGCUUAUGGACCUCGAUGCGCUGGCAGGUGUCAUCGCCUACAGACAUACUGGUGACUCGGUCACUACGGUCACGGCGGCCGUGGACCGCAUCACCAUUGAGCAUCCGCUGAUGGAGAUUUGCGAUCUCGAACUUAGUGGCCAGGUCACGUAUGCGACAGGUCGCUCGAGUAUGGAGGUUUCCCUUCAGGUGGCCAAGGCUCCUGCUCCGGGAAAGCAGGUUGAGCCGGAGGAUGUGCUCAUCACCUGUGCGUUCACAAUGGUGUCGCUGGAUCCUGCGACGAAGAAGCCAGUCAACAUCGCCCCUCUAGUCGUCGAAACGGCCGAGGAGCGCCUCCUGUUCAAGCAGGGCGAAGAGAACUACCAAGCCAAGAAGGCACUACGAUCCAAGAGUCUCCUCGAGAAAGCCCCCGAUGCGGAAGAGAGUAAUCUCAUUCACUCCAUGUGGACCAAGGAGAUGUCCUAUCUCAACCCCGAAUCACCCGCCCAACGACCCUCCAACAACGUCUUCAUGAGCGACACCGUUCUAAAAUCCGCCAUGAUCAUGCAACCUCAAGACCGCAACCGUCACAACUUCAUGAUCUUCGGUGGCUUCCUUCUCAAACAGACCUUCGAGCUCGCCUUCUGCUGCGCCGCGUCUUUCGCGCACGCUCGCCCCAACUUCAUCUCCCUGGAUCCUAGCACAUUCGAGAACUCCGUGCCCGUGGGCAGCGUGCUGUAUCUGCGCGCGACGGUGGCGUACACGGAACCGCUGGAGCGCGAGGGCGUGGAGAGCAAGUACACGAAGGUGCGGGUGCGGGUGGACACGAAGGUGAGAGAUGUGGAGCAUGGGACGAAGAAGCCCACAGGAAUGUUUAAUUAUACGUUCCUCGUGGAGAAGGAUGUGCAGGUCAUGCCCAAGAGUUAUAAUGAGUUCAUGAUCUGGACGGAUGCUAGGAGACGGUCGGAAAAUGCGGCGGCCAUGUUGCAUGGGUCGAAGGAGCCCAGUGCGUUGAGAGGAUUGAAGGAUAGUGUCACUGAGUAG